AUGUAUGUCUAUGAAUUUUAAAGAAAAGCAAGAGAAUAUCUCCUUGGCUAAAAAUUAUCUUUGAAAUCAAUUACACAAAAAUAUAACAAAGACAAAUUAGAGUAAUAAAGAUCGUUCAAGCAAAUGUCAUCUAUACUAAAUUCUAAAACUGAGUCAUCUGUCAUAAUUACAGAUUCUUUGAUAACUGCGACAAGAAAUUAGAAGAAAGAAAAGGCUUUUUUAAUCAGAAAGUCACCUGAUAAUUAUAAAAAUUAAAUAGAGAAAAAGAAAUAUAACUCAAUCUAUGCAAAAUAAAUAACACCUGUGAGAUAAAUGAGCAUAGCUGAAUACAUUUAUCCUGAACCUAUCAGACAUGUACGGCAUAAACAAAUCACUUAAUCUUCAGCUUUCAAAAAUUUUGUUGCAUAAAAGCAUAUUAAAACUGAAGAUUCUCCUCAUAAGUAAUUUAUCACAGCAAGAAUUAAGAAACCUUUCUAAAGAUAUGUGAGUGAAACUAGUAAGCAACCUUAACUUAUAGCAAAUCAAAAUUUAUAAAUGGAGCAACUACGAAAAUUAAGUGGAUGGAGUAUAAAUAGUAAUGAAAGCAAAUUUUGA